ACAUAGUGUUAAUUCUUCAGAUAGAAUGGCUUCAGGAGGAGUAGACUUAGAUCCUCGGGUUCCUGGGGAUAGUGGAGGAGCUGAGGAGCAGGAGGAACACAAGGAGGAACAGGAGGAGGAGAAUAGAGCAUUCGAGUGCAAUAUCUGUCUGGACACAGCUAAAGAUGCGGUUAUAUCAAUGUGUGGACAUCUUUUCUGUUGGCCUUGCCUCCACCAGUGGUUAGAAACUAGACCAAACAGACAGAUUUGUCCUGUUUGUAAGGCGGGUAUAAGCAGAGAUAAAGUAAUACCACUGUAUGGACGAGGGGGAGAGGGGAAGGAUCCCAGAGAAAAAGUACCUCCAAGACCUCAGGGUCAAAGAUCAGAACCUACCACCAGUAAUCCAUUUAAUGGAUUUGGUUUUGGAGGGAAUAAUGGAGGGUUUCAUAUGUCAUUUGGUAUAGGUGCAUUUCCUUUUGGAUUAUUUACUUCAAAUUUGAAUUUCGGAGAAGAAAGACCAGGGUCUCCGCAUCCAGGGACCCAGCAAGCUAUGGAAGAAGCAUUCCUUCACAAAGUUUUUCUUUGGGUUGCGUGUUUGUUUAUAUUUUGGUUGAUGAUCGCCUAGAUGACGGAAGAAAAAAAUAUAUAACUAUACACAUUAA